GUCUACCCGCACGGAGAUUACAAUUAUAUAAGGAGGUUGAGAUCGGAACUGACGAAUUAAAAACGAUUCUCUCUGCGCGUCAAGACGUCACCGUGAGAACAUCUCUAGAAACCAUGGCUCCAGAAAUCAAGUUUACCAAACUCUUCAUUAAUGGACAGUUUGUUGAUUCACAAAGUGGGAAAACAUUCCCAGUUGUCAAUCCAGCAACAGGCAAAGUUAUCUGUCAAGUCAGUGAAGGUGAUAAGGCUGACAUUGACCUAGCUGUUGAUGCUGCAAAUGAGGCUUUCCAGUUAGGCUCAACAUGGAGAACCAUGGAUGCUUCAGCAAGAGGCCGUAUGAUGGAUAAGCUAGUUGGACUCAUGGAAAGGGAUCUUCAUUACUUGGCUCAGUUGGAGACAUACAACAAUGGCAAACCCUUGAAGGAUGCUGUCUUUGAUAUUUAUGGUGCCAUGUAUGCCCUUAAAUACUAUUCAGGUUGGGCUGAUAAGAUCCAUGGUCAGUCAAUCCCGGCAGAUGGAAAUGUUUUUGUGGUGACGCGAAAGGAACCUGUUGGCGUGGCUGGACAGAUCAUCCCUUGGAACUUUCCUCUUUUGAUGCUCGCUUGGAAAUGGGGUCCGGCUCUGGCUGCGGGAUGCACCAUCGUCAUGAAACCAGCUGAGCAAACACCGUUGACUGCCCUUUACAUGGCACAGUUGUCUGUUGAAGCUGGAUUCCCACCUGGCGUAAUUAAUGUCGUGAAUGGCUUUGGAGCUACCGCUGGAGCAGCUUUGGCGUCUCAUGACCGCGUACAGAAAAUAGCCUUUACAGGUUCCACAGCUGUCGGAAAAUUGAUCAUGGAAGCGGCAGCCAAAAGUAACUUGAAGCGCGUCAGUCUGGAGUUGGGAGGCAAAUCUCCAAUUGUAGUCUUCCCGGAUGUCGACCUGGAUAAAGCUGUCGCGACGUGCCAUGCCGCUGUCUUUGCCAACAUGGGUCAAUGUUGCUGCGCUGGCACCCGUACGUUUGUCCACGAAUCCAUAUACGACAAGUUUGUGGAGAAAGCUACCGAACUAGCCCGUAAACGAAAGUUGGGUGACCCGUUCGGAGAAGUUGAUCAGGGACCUCAAGUCAGCGAACUGCAAUUCAACAGGAUUAUGGCGUUGAUUGAAGCGGGCAAGACGGAAGGAGCUGAUUUGAAAACCGGUGGCAUGAAGCACGGAACCGAAGGAUAUUUCAUCGAGCCAACUGUGUUUGUGGAUGUCCAGGACAAUAUGAGGAUCGCCAAAGAAGAGAUUUUUGGACCUGUCCAGCAAAUUAUGAAGUUUAGUACCAUGGAGGAAGUCAUCAAGCGUGCCAACGAUACACAUUACGGAUUGGCAGCUGGUAUUUUGACAAACGAUAUCAACAGGGCUCUCACCUUCUCGCAGGCGGUUAACGCCGGAAGUGUUUGGGUUAAUUGUUUCCUUCAUGUCACAUCGCAAGCGCCUUUCGGUGGAUUCAAGCAAUCAGGAAUCGGUCGUGAAAUGGGUGAGGAAGGUAUCCACAGCUAUGUGGAAGUGAAGACAGUUACCAUCUCGAUGGCCAAGUUUUAACUUGAUUUUCAAAACCCGUGGGUUCCCGUCCCGGUUUCGUUUUUUCCCCCAAUAUGGUUAUUACUGUUAUGUUGGUUUGAGAGUUUUUGGAAUCAAAAUUGCCUAUAUUUGUUACUUUGCUUGGGGUGAAAAAAAUACAGUAUUCUAGUUAA